CAACACUACUAUAUAACAAAUAAUUUGAGGCAGGAUGGGAAUGCAAUUUGAGUAUGACGAGACGGGGUCUACCUUCUACUACUUUAUGUUGGCAUUCCUCCUCAUCGUCUUUAUCCCUCUGACCUACGUAAUAUGGCCAUUUUACCCUGACCCCAGAUCCAAAAGACGAACUGUGCCCUGUACCUGUAAGUCUUGUGUUGGCAAAUCUUCCAUGCUCAAAGAGAAACGUAAGAACACUGGCAGUAAGAUUAUAAAAAGUUUGGUUAUUAUCCUAGGGUGGAGCGCAGUGGCGUACUUUGCUUUCAAAGCGUCCACCACAGAGAAUACGCAUGUCGAGUAUAACCCCUUUACAAUUCUUGGCAUUGAUCCUAGUUCCACGACUAAGGAGAUUAAGAAAGCUUACAAAAAGCUGUCGCUGGUUCACCAUCCUGACAAGGGAGGUGACGAGCAAAUGUUUGUACAGAUAAACAAGGCCUACCAGGCUUUAACUGACGAUGUAACGCGUCAGAACUGGAUCGAUCAUGAUCCUGAUGGCCCUCAAGCUAUGCAGUUUGGUAUUGCCCUACCCUCCUGGAUAGUCGACAAGAACAAUUCCGUGUUCGUGUUGGGACUGUAUGUGCUAAUGUUCAUGAUCCUGCUCCCAACUGUGGUGGGGUCCUGGUGGUACAGAUCUAUAAAAUAUUCAGCGGAUGAUAUUCUACUUCAUACCACCCAGCUUUACCUCUCAUUCCUUGCCAAGAACAGUCUUCAUAAUGUUAGCAAGUGCAUCAUGAUCCUGUGCUCUGCGUUUGAGUUCGAGAAAUCACAGAAUAAAGAGGUGAAAGAACGGGAAUCAGAUAAUAUCCAGAUACCACUCCUGAUGAAGGAGUGCAAGCAGCUUCACGAGAAAAAUCCCAAUCCGCCCUUCAAAUACCUUUACAGUAUUAAGGCUAGGACACUGUUUCAUUCGUUUUGCAACCGUUCAGAGAAACUAAAUGAAGAAAAUAAUCUUGACAUCAACAUCAUAACUAAGAAAAUACCUGCCCUGAUCAGCGAGGCACUCAACAUCUGUUUCCAACUGAUCUACUUCUCUAAGCGACAAAAACACGUCGCAGCACCGAACGUUAAAACAUUUGAAAACUUGAUAAAAAUAAACGUAAUGGCGAUCCAAGCGACGUGGGACAACAAGUCACCUCUCCUGCAACUCCCUCACUUCACUGAGGAAAUGUUGAAGUAUUUCUCCACCAAACGUAGUAACAUCAAGUCUCUGCUCCAGUUUGCUCAGCUCAGUGACGCUGAUAGGAGGAGUAGGCUGAGGAUGUUGGGGGAAGAGGAGUAUGAUAAUAUGAUGAGGGUCUGCUGGGAGAUGCCACAUAUUGAUAUGGAAGUCAAGAGCGAGGUUUUAGAUGACGAGAACACGAUGACUAUCUCUGCUGGUUCCAUUGUGACGGUCACGUGCUUCUUGGACAGGAAGUCACUCAGGGAUGUGGUUGACAUUCUAGAUGACGAUGAGCCAGUUCUUGCGCUCAAGGAUGAAGAAGAUAAGGAUGUCAAGAAAAAAUCAUGGCAGAAACAAGCUAAGAAGCAGAAAAAUGUGCAGAAGAAAAAGAAGGUCUCCCAAAAGAAGAAAAGCAAGAGUGAGGAAAAUAAAGAGAACGAGAAUGCAGAGGAAGAGAACAAGCAGUUGGUAAAACAGGGAGAGGAGGAAGCUGACGAUGAAAACGAGGAAGACAGCGAGGAUGAGCGGGAGAAGUCAGACGCUGAAGACAGGUCUGAUGAUGAGAACGAAUCAGGCAGUGAAGACGAAGAGUCGACAGGAGGAGGUGACAAGGACUACGAUGACGACGAGGAAUGGAGAUCCCUACAACAAGAAAUCACAAAGAAGAAGAACAAGGAUGGUGAUGGAGCUGACUCUCACCCAGUUCACUGCCCUUUCUUCCCUGUCGACAAGGAGGAGGGCUGGUGGGUUUUCAUUGCGGAUAGAAAGACUGGCGAGGUCAUCACACCUCCCAAAUACGUGGCGGGUCUGGAGGACAAACAGGAAGUUAUCCUGAAGUUCCAGGCACCCGAAGUUCUGGGACACCACAAGUUUAAUGUUAUACUGAAGAGUGACUCGUACCUGAGCUGUGAGAAGGAGGUUUUGUUGAAGCUGCUGGUAGAGAAGGCUAUAGAGACGAAGGCAGUGAAGCAGUGGGAGCACAUAUCCGACUCUGAGGAGAGUGAUAGUUUGUCAGAGAGUGAGAUCACUGAUACGGACAGUGACGAGGAGGAGGAUGAGGACUAGUUGUCUUGCUUCUUUUGUAGUUUAUAAGUUACCUUCGUCCUUAGGUUUUCUAGCACCAAUACGCGUUACAACUGCCACAGUUUUCUUAUCGGUAUAUCGCGUCAGAACUAAGAAUUAAGAUCAUUGUUUAUUUUUGCUGAGAUCCAGAAUCCAUGAUGUUCAUAUAUUUGUUCGUCGAAAUUGUAUGUAAUCCUUGCUUAGGAGUUAGGAGUUACUGUUAGAGCUUAAAUUCAAGUCAUUACUUUAUGUUAUCAUUAUAAAUCGCUGAUUACCCUUGUCUUAAUCGUUCGGAAGAAACAAUCUUACAAUAUUAUAAAACUUUAUGUUUGGCUCGGAUAGAUCUAGAUGGAAAAUGUUAAUUUAAUUGAAAUUGUCUUAUGGGUUUUGUUUAGAGAUUUUUACUUUUUUCCCCCUCAUAUAUGCAGUAAAUUGAACACGGUUCAAUUUUUGUUUGUGAUGAAUUUAAUUUUCAGAUGAUUGACCUUUUAGAUUUAAAGAUGGUUGGGUUACGGUAACAAUAAUUUAGAUAAAUUAACAAAAUUCUAUUUUAUUUGCAUUGUUCGAAUAAUUUGUUUUAAAACACGCCAUUUACUUCUGAUAAGUCGAAGAAAAUAAUAUUUAUUUCGGAUUCAUUGUGAACAUAACGAUAUUAAGUGUUUUGAUUUAAACUACAUUUA